AUGGCCGAUCCCAGACUUAACGAGCUUCUCAAAUGGAGCAUCGAGCAAUCUGAGGCCACCAAAAAUGACCCCAAUGCCCCUCCAGCCAAGACACAACUCACCCCAGAGCUUAUGGCAGCGCUCAUGGGCGGCCCCUCCGACGCGGACCUCAUGAAAGCCUCAAUGGAGAUCAUCACUUCGGACAAUGCUGAGGAGGUAUCGCUCGACGACAAGCUUGUCGCCUUCGAUAAUUUUGAGCAGCUCAUUGAGAACCUCGACAAUGCCAACAAUAUUGCAAAUCUCAGCCUGUGGACCCCACUGCUCGAGCAACUUAAGCAUGACGAGCGUGAGAUGCGCAAGAUGGCCGCCUGGUGUGUCGGCACUGCUGUGCAGAACAACGAGAAAACACAAGAACGUCUACUUGCCGUGGGAGGAGUGCCUAUGCUGGUAGACCUGGCUACCAAGGAAGAUGAGCCUGUCGAUGUCCGCCGCAAAGCUGUGUAUGCUCUCAGCUCGGCGGUGCGCAACUACCAGCCCGCCAUGGAUCUCUUUGCCGAUGAGUUGACUAAGAAGGGUCACAAGACCGACAAGGUCGAUGCUACAAGCAUGGAGGCUGUAGAUGAAGUCGUCAACGGUCUGCGAGAGAAGAUCGGCAAGGCUUAA